CGGGUGUGUGACCUUUUGGUUUUGCCACCACGCAAAAGGAUUGAAUUGGAUAUUGAGGGUUUUAUUUGUGUUGUUUGUUAUUUAUCUAUUGUUGCCGAAGAAUUGAUUCUGUGAUUUACACCGAAGAAUCCUCGAGUCGAGCCAUACACCGCCGACCGACCUUUAAAGCUCAACCCCACGUCACAAUCGACUACUGGAGGCGCAUCCACCACCACAACCACCACAAGCUUGACUCAACCCACGACCAUCACAAUGCCUGAUACUACACCCCCAAGCAGCGAGGCGGCAGACCCGAGUCCGUAUGAAGAGGCGACGCGACGGUCGACUUCCACGAGUCGGUAUGCGGCGCAUGGACGGGGUGGCGCUGGUAAUAUCUCGGCAGCACCACCACCCCCAGUCUCCCCGACGGACCUGGAGACGCCGACGCUGAAGGAGGAGGUGUAUACGACGGGGCGGGGGGGGAGUGGGAAUAUGGUUGCGAAUACGGGGAAGGCGGGGGCGAGGAGGGCGCAGGAUGUUGUUGCACUGCCGAGACGAGAGUCAGAAGGUGCGCAUGUAGGACGCGGAGGUGCGGCGAAUAUUGUCAAGGUGCCUACGAGGGGCCAGGGGGAGGAAUCGUCUGUGGGGGCGAAGGAUGAGAGGGAAGGGAAGGAGAGAAAAGAGGUGAAGGAAAAGAAGGAGGGGAAGGGGAAGGGGAAGAACAUUGAAGGUGCACCGGUGGAAGAGGGCGUUGUAGAGAGGGGUCGGAGGUGGGUUGCUGGGCUUGUGAGGAGGGGGUCAUAG